CACACAAUACCCGUGAUGAGAUAUCGAUUAGCCGUUGUUAUUGAGUCACAUGACCAAACAUGUCCCCAACGUGGCUGGGAUGUAUAUAUUUCAUGUCGAAGUAAUCUAGUGUCCCGAGAGGCAGGAAGAAAGGAGUGAGACAUUUCUCGAGAACUUGAGGAGUGAAGGUGGAGCAGUGAUCGGAGACGCUAACCCAAACAACAACCAUACAGCCAAACGCCGUCACCAAGUUCGAUCUUCGGGUCAAGCGCUUUGUGGGAGAGAAGGGUCAAGUGACAUACCCCGUCGGCACCAUGACGACUAUCCGCUACAAGUCCCUCCCUCUGUGGGCUAUUUACGCAGGCGGAAUUACUUUUGUUGUGUUCUUUUUCUGGUAUCUUCGAUCUCCAAAAACGGAAGUGCCACUUCAAGUACAUACCGGAAGUAAACUGUCUAGUAAACAUUUCAAUGUGAGGAAAAUUCCGCAAAUGAAGGACCCGGCGUUUGAUUUCAAUAAAGCGAUUGAGACAAUGAAUGAAGAGAGGACCGCGAUGGACGAUGCAAAGCUGGUCGAUCUCAUCCGAAAUUACUUGAUACAAGUGCCGUCAGAGGGCGAUACCUAUAACCUAGAGGAUCCCACCAACCUCCGAUUCUCGGCUGGUCAGACUUCCUAUGUGGAUCAAAGACUACACGGAACGGAAGGAGUGUUUUACGUUGAGACUAGGGCCUUCGCAGGGGAGAGUGAGUCUACAUCGCUGUUCUUUGAGAAGACACGUCGUUGGACGGGACUACUGGUCGAGCCGGAUCCUGUCAAGUUUGAAUUACUAAGGAACAAAAAUCGGAAAGCGUACCUACUUAAUGCGUGUGUCACCGACAAAUCAUACCCAACAAAGAGGACUCUGUUCAGACCGGAUAGUACCGACCUAAGCAAGCCAGGAUCAGAAAGUUAUACUGCUCAGUGUUUUCCUCUCUACUCCAUCCUGUUAGCACUGGAACAGAACGUCAUUACUCUCCUUAGCUUAAAUUUUUACGAACUAGGAAGUGAAAGUCAGAGCGAACACGAUUUGUUGAUGUCACUUCCGUUCGAAAAGCUAAACGUUACUUUCGUAGGAAUACGAAACUUAUACUCCAACAAAGUUCAUCAGGCGCCGUUGGAAUGGAUGAUGGAACAAAAAGGAUUUGAGCUUCAGGGUAGACUGCGGACAGAUGACCAAUGGGUAAAUGACUUGGUGUUUCUUAACAAAAUCAAUAAACUGCCAACAACACCUUUUUGGACGUCUACAAACAUUUUCCGGGCUGUGGUGCUGUUUCUCGUUUUGUAUGGUAUAGCUAAUGUUGUGGCGUACAAGUUCCUGUUUCCCAAACUCCACCUGUACAAAGUAGCAUACGGUUUGGUGUGAUAAGGUUCAACGUGUGUUAUCUUAGUGUGGAGGAUGAAAAGCGGCUUUGAAAAAGCUAGUACUACAUUUAUACACAUGUACAAGUAUACAAUUGUUAAUACAUUUAUACACAUGUACAAGUAUACAAU